GCACGGUGGGCUAUGGGAUGGACGAAGCUGAGCAGGACCAGUACGAAGCCCGUCUCAAAGAACUCUUUGACAGUUUCGAUCCCACCGGCUCGGGAUCCCUGGGGCGGGAGGAGCUGACCGACCUCUGCCACGUGUUGCACUUGGAGGAAGUGGCUCCGGGGGCCCUCCAGCAGACCCUCUUGCAAGACAGCCUCCUGGACAGGGUCACCUUCGAGCAGUUUAAAGAAGCACUAAUCCUCAUCCUAUCCAGGACUUUAACAAAUGAAGAGCCAUUUGAGGAACCAGAUUCUUCACCGGAAGCCCAACCCAAAUAUAUCAAGGGCGGGAAGCGCUACGGGAGGCGAUCCUUGCCGGAGUUCCAAGAGCCUGUGGAGGACUUUGCGAAGGUGACGGUGAUCGAACCUCUGAAUGAGGAAACCCCGCCGCCCUGCCUCUCCAGCGAUGCCUGCGACGAGCCCUGGCAGUCCCAAGACAGCGAGGAGUAUGAAGCAGAAGGCCAGCUGAGAUUCUGGAAUCCGGAUGACUUGAACGCGUCUCCGAACAUCUCCCCCACUCAGGACUGGAUAGAAGAGAAGCUACGUGAGGUGUGCGCGAACCUGGGCAUCUCCAGAGACGCCCACCUGUGCAGAGAGAAGCUGGUCUCCAUCUGUGAACAGUAUGGACUGCAGAAUAUUGACACGCAGGUGCUGGAAGAAGUCUUCCGCAACCUUGAACAUGACGGGGCGAUGAGCAUCGAAGACUUCUUCUAUGGCUUGUUUAAAAUCGGGAAGCCUCUCCCCCCGUCUGCCUCCACCCCAUACAGGCAGCUCAAACGGCAUCUCUCCAUGCAGUCCUUCGACGAGAGCGGAAGACGCAACACAACAACGUCGGCCAUGACGACCACAAUCAGCUUUCGGGUGUUCUCCAGCCUGGACGAUGGGAUGGGAUGCGCUGAGGUGGAUCGAAUCCUUGAUGCCUGGCAUGAAGAGGGAAUAGAGAACAGCCAUGAGAUCUUGAAGGCCUUAGAUUUCAGCUUGGAUGGGAAAGUUAACCUGAGCGAGCUCACACUGGCCCUGGAAAACGAGCUCCUCGUAACGAAGAAUGGGAUCUACCAGGCGGCGCUCGCGAGUUUCAAAACGGAGAUCAGGCAUCUGAUGGAACGGGUGGACCAGGUGGUUAGAGAAAAAGCAAAGCUGCGCUUGGACCUGGAGAAAGCAGAGAAACUGAAGUCGCUGAUGGCCUCCGAAGUGGACGACCACCAUGCUGCCAUUGAACGUCGAAACGAGUACAACCUGAGGAAACUGGACGAGGAGUACAAAGAUCGGGUGGCGCUUCUCAGAAACGAACUUCGGAAAGAACGGGAGCAGAUCCUUCAGCAAGCCGGCAAGCAGCGGGUGGAGCUGGAACACGAGAUCGAGGCAUUGAAAACGGAGGAGAACUACCUCCGGGACCGCCUUGCUCUGACUCUGAAGGAAAACAGUCGAUUAGAGAGCGAGCUUUUGGAGACGGGAGAGAAGCUGGCCAAGUACGAAAGCACCACGAGCAAACUGCAGAAGAACUUGGAGAACGUCUUGGCGGAGAAGUUCGGCGACCUCGAUCCCAGCAGCGCCGAGUUCUUCCUGCAAGAGGAGCGGCUGACGCAGAUGAAGAUCGAGUACGAGCAGCAGUGCAGGGAACUCCAAGACCAGAUUGACGAACUGCAGUCUCAGCUGGAGGCUUAUCGUACUCAAGGCAAAGUGGUCCGAAGUUCCUUUAACAGCUCUCUCUACGAGGAGCUGGGCGGCGGCGGAGUCGAAAGCAAUCACGAGGCCGGUUCUGAGGACUGCAACCCACUGAACAUGAGCAUAGAAGCGGAAAUGGCCAUCGAACAGAUGAAAGAUCAACACCACCGGGAUCUCUGCAACCUUCGGCAGGAGCUGGAAAACAGGAUCCACCACUACGGGAAGCAGCUGGAGGAGACCCAGAACCACUGCGAGGAGGAGAAGGUGCACCUUCAGCAGAAGUUCUGCCAGGAGAUGCUGAGCAGGCAGCAGCAAGUCGACGACCUCCAAGCCCAAGUUUCUGACCUCCAGGCAGAGCUGGCCCGGCUCAGGCAGAGGGCCGGCCCAGAACAGAGGGAGGUGCAGUUGGGCGUGGAGGAGACGGUCAGCGGCCAGGAGGCCCUGAGGCUCCAACAUGGCGAGGAGCUCCAGGCCUGGCUGGAAGAGACCCGUGAGAGUUUCAGCCGAGAGCGGGAGGAGCUGAUACAGGCCGGCGUUUGGAUGGAGGCCAAAAUGAGAUCGAUGGCGCAGACCGUCCAAGAAGAGAAAGCCGAGCUGGAGCGUGGGUUCUGCAAGCAGCUGCAGUUGCUGGCGGAGCGGCACGCCCUGGAGAAGGAGCAGAUCCAGCGAGAACUGGCAGAGAAGCACCAGCAGGAGCUCCAGGAAGAGAGGAUAAAAAUGGAAAGUGAGUUUAAUGGAAGACUCUCUCGGGCUGAGGAGCAGUUCACCGUCGACCGGCAGGCCCUUGUGAGCAAAUAUGGGGAGGCAGUCAAAAACCUGGAAGAACGCUACCAGCAAGAGUUGCAAGAGCUUUCCAAGCUGCGAGACGAGGAGAAAUCGCAAUGGGAAUUUGAAAAGGAGGAACUUAUCCAGGACGGUGCAGAGGCCCGGGAGAGAUGGAAAGAGGUACUCGAGAAAGAGAAGGCUCUUUCAUCAGUGCUGGCCCAAGAGAAAGAGCUUCUGGAGAAGAAUUUCAAGGAGCGUGUGAACUCGUUGACAAUGGAGAAGGAGCAGCUUCAGAAGGAGAUCUGGGAGGUGAAGAAGCAGGAGAACGAGUUACGGGGUCGGCUCUUACAAGUUCAAGCUGGUCACCAGAAGGAGCUGAGGGAGAGGGAAGAAGAAAUUGCUGCUGUCGAGGCGAGUCGGAAGCAAGUCGGCCAAAAGCUUGAAGAGCUGGAGAUGGAAUUUUUGCACGAGAGGGAAGAACUGAGUUCCAGACUGGCUGCUCUUGAGCAUUCGAAGGAAGAGGCAGUUAUCCGAGCUUCAGAGGAAGAACGAGAGCUGAGGUCAGAAGUCUCAAAGCUUGAAAGCAGAGUAGAAGAACUGCAGCGGGAGUUGGUUCGCCUGUCCGAACUGCAGAGUAAUUGUGUCCUCCCAAGCCAACGUGCAGAAAUUGGGGGCGGUGAUUCUCCAGGGAUAACCCAGGAGACAAGAGAUGGGCGAGAUGAUCCUCCAGACCUGCAGAGGGUCCAAGAUCCAGCAGGAGCUGGAGAGACAGCAGCAGUGUCAGCAAUGGGAAACUUCCCGUACGAGCCAGAAGAGCACGUUCAUUCUCCAGCUUUCAGCCCACUCACUCCAGAAAUAUUCGCGGAAUCUCAGCUCCUGAAUCCAACAGACGACGACAAUGAUGAAGAACGAAGAAAAGAUGAAAUGGAAGAGGGAGAUCCAAGUGGGCAUCCUGUCACAGAAACUGAGACGGCAACCUCUGGAGAAAUGACGGAGACGUGUUCCGACUUAAAAAAGGCCUAUGAAGAAGUUCGGUCAGAGAACGAGACCCUCAAGCUCCAGAAACGGCAGCUUCAAGAGAGGAUCUGUCUCCUGGAGAUGGAAUGCGAGCAAGCGGCUCUCGAUCGGCAAGACAUGGCUUCUCAGGUCCAGAGAGAACUGGAUGAGAUCCUUCAGGCAAUCCCCAGGCCCAAGACGUUGCUCUGCGGAGAUGACGAGAGUGAAGAAAGAUCCUGUUGGGAGGAAACGGAUGUUGCGCAAAAUCAUCCUGACUGCACAGCAGAAAACCAGAGGUUCUCUGCUGACGAGUCCGAGCCUGGCUUGAGUGUCGAGGAGGUGAGCGAGUAUUCCUUGCAGUUUUGGAAGGACCACGGUGAAGCCAUUAAAGAGGGGGAGCUGAAAACAGAGUGUGACGCGAGCAACAGAGCCCAGGUCAAAGUCCUCGCAUUGUCCGAAGGGCUCCAGCUGGAAAACCAAGUUCUGAAAGACGAGGUGGUGAACCUGUUUGAGCGGAACAGCAAGCUGGAGAGCUACUUGCCGCGGCUGAUAGGCCUGCAGCACAGGUUAGAGGAAAGCAGCCGAGCCAGCCUCAAAUGGGAGCUGGAGAAGCAGCAGCUCCAGGAGAAAGUGAUGGAGCUGGAAGAGGCGUGGGACCGGAUGGCGGCGGAAAACCGGGAACUGCAGAGCACAAAUCUGCGCUUGCACAGCCAGCUUGGAAAGCGGGAAGAGUUUAUGGUGACCCUGAAGGCCCUGAAAGGGAGACCCGGCUUAUGCGCGGAGGGCGCCAAAGAGGCAGAAGUGGAGAAGAGGGGACUCCAGGAACUGAACUGGAAGCUGAAGGAGAGAGUGGCUGCACUGCUCAAACAAAAUGGCACACACACCCAGGAGAAGGACCACUUGAACGCGGCACUGCGCGGCUUGCAGUGCGCCUGCGGGGAGCAGCAGCAGCAGCUGGAGCACUGGAGGUGUGAGGCUGAGAGCCUCAGAGAAGAAAACGCCAUUUUAAGGAAAGAAAUCAGUUUGUUGCAUGAGGAAGGGAAUCUUUCAGGCCUGAGACUGAGGGAACUGAAUGGCUCUCGAGAAUUCCGGCAAAAAAUAGAGACUGUGCGGAAAGAGAAAGCGGCAGCGCAGAAAAUGGCUGAAAAUCUGAAGAAGCAGGUGUCGGAAUUGAAAGCCAGGAAUCAGCAGCUGGAAGCAGAAAAUACAGGUCUGGGCCAGAAUAAUUCCCCCAACCAGGCGGACAUGGAAGAUCUUAACCAGCAGUUGCUGAGGGCACUCCGGCAGAGAGAGAGAGAGUCCGGGAAGUGUGUACCAGAAGAAUGGGGGAGAGAGCGCUCUCGACUCAAGGAAGAACUGGACAACUUUAAAAUUCAGUCGUCCGCGCUGGUCUCGUCCUUGGAGGCGGAGCUCUGUCAGCUCCGGGCUGAGGCCUGUGCCAUGGAACAGGAGAACCUGUGCCUGAAGCAAGAACUGGAGAAGGUGCAACAGGUGCCCGGGUGCCCAGAUCUCUCCGAUCUGCAGAAUGAGAUUUCCAGCGUCAUCGUGGAAAACGAGAAGCUCGUGAAAGAGAAGGAGGCCCUCAGUGAAGAGUUGAACAGAGCCGCGGAGAAGGCAGCAAAAGUGGCCUUCUUGGAGAACCUGGUUGCUUCCUUGAAGCAGGAAAAGGGCUCCUGGGAGCACCAGACGCAAGCACUGAAAACACAAAUGGCGGCAUCGCAAGACAAGAUGUCCAGACUCAAGUCAGACUUCAGGGUGGCUCAGCAGGAGAAUGACGCUCUGAAGCAGGAAGUGAUGUCACUACACAAGCAACUGCAGACUGCAAAUGAUAAGAAUCGGGUUCUGGAACUGGCCACGCAUUCCACAGGGCUGCAGAGCCAGCAGAAGAAGCUGUGCUGGGAGGAACUGGACCAGUUGGUCAAGCAAGAGCAGCAGCUCUUGAGGCAGGAGAACGAGAGGCUCCAGCGGGACGUCCAGAGCGCCAAGGCGGAGCUCGCUCAUUCCAGGGAGAAGAUGCGGCAGCUGGAAGCCUCCCUCCUCUCCCUGAAGCACCAGAAACACCAAAGCCCGUCGGGGAUGGCGAAAGCCGUUGAGCAAGAGAAGCUGAAGAGGGAAUGUGAGCACUUGCAGAAGGAGCUGAUUUCCGCGACCAGGAAGGUCAGCCAGAUGAAUGACCUAGCACACGAACUGGAAACCGUCAAAUUGGAAAACGAAGGCCUCAGGAAGAAACAAGUCAAGUUGGACGAACAGCUGAUGGAGCGGCUCCACCCGAGCGCCAGCGUGAGGCUUAGCCAGGGCCUGCACCCGCGUGAGCUGCCGCCGCACCAGCCACAAGGCUGCGCCGUGGUCCCCUGGGAGCAGUACCAGCAGCUGCGGCACCAGCUCUUCCAGGCCGAGAGGAGGAGCCAGCACCUGCAGGAGGAGCUCGAGAACCGGCCCCUGGACACGAACAUGCCGCAGGGUGCACACGAAGAGCUGCUACAGACCAUGGAGAAAAGGAUGAUGGACGUUGAACAGCAGCUGAGGCUUGUGAAGAGGCUGCUCCAAGACAAAGUCAAUCAGCUGAAAGAGCAGGUGAUGAAGAACACAAAAGCGGACGAAAUGGUCAAGGACUUGUACGUGGAGAACACGCAGCUGCUGAAAGCGCUGGAGAUGACGGAGCAGAGGCAGAAGACGGCCGAGAAGAAGAACUACCUGCUGGAGGAGAAGAUCGCCAACCUCGGCCGAAUCGUCAAGAACCUGACCUCGCCGGCCCUGGGCGCUGCCGCUCACCUGGGGUCCUAGCCAAGCCAUACCGCCCCGUCUUGGCACACUUCUGGCACUGCGGCGAAACGCGACCGUUUCCAGUGUCUUCUUUGUGUUCCGGGGGGUGGCUGAACUCAGGGCCGCCCACUCCAAAGAGAGCUCAAGUCAGCUCCUAGAUGCACACAUGUGUACCUCGGCCCGUGUGGCGUCACGGCACUCCAUUCACAAGCCUUAAUGUCCUCAUUUAGAUUUCUGGAUCGCUUGUGUUUGGAGGCCGGAGAGGUGUGGCCGGAUCCAGACAUUGCCUAAGUGAGGUGUCCCCAAUCUUUUUGAGCCUGUAGACACCACUGGAGUUCUGACAUUGCACAGUGCGUGCGGCUACAAAAUGGCGGCUGCAGGAGGCGGAGCCAGCCACAAAAU